AUGGCGGCGUCGGCGGCGGCAGCGUUCACUGCGACGGCGGCAGCAGCCGGCGGGACCGGCCGCCUUCCGGUCGCCGCGGCCGGCAACCCCCGCUCGCCCCUCCUCUUCCUCCCACCGCUGCCCUCGCCCCAUCGCCGGGCGCUCUCCUGCUCUGCCCUCUCAGGUGCUCUUCUCCCCUCUCUAUCUCUCUCUUCUUCCUCCUCCUCCUUGUUACAGUGUUCAUAGCAAGGGCGGAUGAGGCGGGGAGUGUAGGGUUUGGUCUCCCAUGGCUGGAAAGAGGUUUUGAUUUGUGGGGCAAGCUCCUCUUCUUUCUCCUCCUCCUCCUCCUCCACUUCUGUGUCGUUUUUCUCGUGGUGUCCGGAGGAAGAUUACGCUAGGGCUCCUCCUGUUCGAAUGCAUCUCGGAUUCGAUGCUCAUUAUUUCGAACUGAUCGACUAUCAAUGUCCAGACGGGGAGGGUGGGACCGUCGGCUUUGCCUUUUGUGCUUCGAUCCCGAUUGAGAACAUGAAUAUGAAGUGUUUCUCAGUUUUAGCUUGUAUGAUUCGUGGAGUUUUAUAUCCUAAAGGGCAUCCUCAAUCGAGAAUGGAGUUUGUGGCCAUGCGCUUCCCUUGCUAGGGUUUUGGCUCUGCUAUAUCCGGCCCUCCUGGCUAGAGUCCUCGAAUUGAUGAUUCUGGGUAUUCUCGUGGAUAUUAUCGAAGGAAUUUUUAAUCGGAUUAUGAGUUGACUUAAGAUGCAUAAUUUUUAAUGAAGGGUAUGUGAUUCUUGUUGAUGCAGGAAAAUUUAUUUUUUUAUUAAAAUUAAGAAAAAAUGUAAUCUCUGUCCAAAAUUUUCGUUUUAUUUGAUAAACAUCUCAAGACUUGUUUCUCUACGAAUGUUUAGGCUUCAGUCUUCUGAGCAUUUUUCAUAUCUUAUGGUUAAUUCUUAUAAUCUAACCUUUUUUUCUUAUAAUAAAUAGUAUUAUAAGUAUCUAUGUGAAAUAAAUCUUCUGACUUGAUGAACAACUAAUGGAACCUUCUUUUUGCAGUUAUUCAAACUGAGCGCACCUCAUCUCUGAUAUUCAAAAAAAUAAAUAUUUUAGAUCAUUUCCAUCAUUGAAGAAUUUUUUCAUAUGGCCUAAUUAUUCCCAAGGAUGGAUGGCGCAGAUAAAAGACUAAUUUUGAUUUGAUUUGAUUUAUUUUUUUUAAAAUUUCCACAGACACACGCAGAUUUUCCCAGCUCGUGGUGAAGGCAACUUCUUCAGAAGAGGGUUCUGGCUCUGUUCAAGUUGAAGAGCUCUUCUCAGAUUUGAAGGAGAAGGUACGUGCUUUCUCCAAACUAUAUGAUUCUUACUUGAACUUAUCCAAAAUCUCAGAACUUAUUUUCUUCUGUUCCGUGGCAGUGGGAUGGCAUUGAUAACAAGUCAACGGUGUUGGUCUAUGGAGGAGGUGCUCUAGUGGCAGUAUGGCUGUCUUCCAUUGUAAUUGGCGCCAUCAACUCUGUUCCUCUGGUACAUCCCUCACUGUUUUCUAGUUGUAUUAUUUCCUUCGGGAAAUUUUAUAAAAUAAUGUAUCUAGGCUAUAGAAAUACGUAUUUUUAGUAAUCUUUAUCAAAAUUUCCGUUCCUAGCCACCUUGUAAAAUAUUUAAUACUUUCUGAAAAAUCACUUCUCAUGCUCCUCCCAGCUCCCAAAGAUUAUGGAAUUGGUUGGUCUGGGGUACACAGGCUGGUUCGUCUACCGAUACCUUCUCUUCAAGGUAACUCUUAACCCUUUUCCUCUAAUUUCCGGGAGUCAUAAAUUUGGGUAUUUUGGGAUUAAUGAUUAGAUAGUGAUCCUUAUCUUCUUACGUUAAAACUGUUGGUUAUCCAACUCUAGUCCUAUUCUCAUGAGUGGAGCAGGCUCAUCUAUUUGACCUCUAUACUUAUUUUAUUUCGAUAUAGGACUAUUUUUAGCACGUCUCCUCACAUGUAAGUUGACUUUUGUGUUAUUUCCUCUGAUCAAAAGAAAUAGAGUACAUCACGGUCCGUGAACAGUUAUUUAACUUUUGACUUCAUAUUACAGUCAUGCGCCAUCAGUUCAAAAGUAAUUAUCAUCAAAAUAGAGUUGACCCAUAUAUUAGGUAUAUGAUUUUGUCCACUAUACCUAUUCACGUGUGUGGAGCAGGCCCAUAUGUUUGACCUCUAUACUUAUUUUACUUCAAUAUAGGACUAUUUUUAGCAAGUCUCCUCACAUGUAAGUUGACUUUUGUACUGUUUCCCCUGAUCGAAAGAAAUGGAGUACAUCACAGUCCUUGAACAGUUAUUACCUUUGACUUCAUAUUACAGUAAUGCGCCAUCAGUUCAAAGUAAUUAUCAUCAAAAUAGAGUUGACACAUAUAUUUUGGUACACGAUUUUGUCCCCAAUGUGAGGCAGUUCUAAAAACUAGAUUAACUAAUAAUCUAGUUUUUUUCUUUUUCUGAGUCAAAUUUUUUGAGGGAAGAGACCCCUCUUAGCCAUCAAUCAGUCCGUGCUGACUAUUUUCAAUGCACUGGGUUCUUAGCUUCACUUGAAAGUAUUGCAUCAGCGGAUCCAAUCCAACCUGAUUGAGAUCCCAGUGAUCCUGACACCAACUAAUAUGAUCUAGAUUAGUGUUCAUAAAUGCUUUUCAUGGAGAUUAACGGACUUUAUCUGCGAAAUAAAUUCAAGGGUGAUGCUUCAUAGACAAUUUAUGUGGGAUUGAAACUAUCUUCAUUCAGAUAUUACUCUUGGAAUACGAGAGAAAUCAUGUUAUAUGGAUCCCAGAACAACUAUGUCAUUGAACUUGUUAGAAUCUUCCAGAAAAGAAUGGUUAAUGCGCAGGAAUCAUAUGGAUCGAUGACUGAUAAAAUCUCAUUUACCAUUGCAGUCGAGCAGAAAAGAGCUGGCCAGUGACAUCGAAGAUCUGAAGAAGAAGAUCGCCGGAACUGAGUAG